AUGGCUGAAAUUAACAAGGACACCGAAGAUGGCCGUCGAGCAUCUUUGAGAGAUCAGGACCUCUUGGAAGACAAGGGAACCUUAACCCACGAAGAGGUUAUGAAGCUCACCGAAUUGACUGAGGAGGAGUUGGCCAUUGAGAAGAAGCUCAAGCGACGCAUUGACUUUACUAUCAUGCCGCUCGUUGUCCUAGUCUACCUCAUGAAUUACAUCGAUCGCAACAACUACGCCGCCGCCCGUCUGCAAGGCCUCGAAGCCGAUCUCAACCUCAAGGCGGAAGAGUACCAGACAGCAUUGAGUAUUCUCUUCGUUGGAUACAUUCUCGGACAAGUACCAUCGAACCUCCUCCUGAAUCACCUCGGGCGGCCCUCGAUCUACCUGGGCUUCUUCACCACGGCUUGGGGUCUGGUGUCUGCCUUGACAUGUCUGGUCACAUCCUAUGGUGGAAUUGUGGCUGCUAGAUUCGUUCUUGGUCUUGUCGAAGCGCCGUUCUUUGCGGGAGUCCUGUUCUACCUGUCCAAAUGGUACACAAAAUCCGAACUCAACCUUAGGAUGUCAAUCUUCUAUUCUGGUUCCCUGAUAUCUGGCGCCUUCGGAAACCUGAUCGCAGCUGGUAUCCUCAGUGGACUGGCUGGCAAGCGAGGACUGAGUGCCUGGCAGUGGCUGUAUAUCAUCGAAGGAAGCAUCACAUGCUUUGUGGGACUUUGCGUUAUGGUCCUCUUGCCUGACUUCCCUCACACUUGGAAGCGACUCUCGCCAGAGAUGAAGCAUGUUGCCAACCGAAGAAUGGCAAUCGAUGCAGCAGAGGCAGAUGUUGAUGAAGCUGGUGGAAUGAGUCAGUGGAAAGGCUUCAAGCUUGCUAUGUCAGAUCCGAAAACCUAUAUCCUGGCAAUUGCGUACAUGUGUAUCACUGGCGCAGCUGGAUUUCAGAACUUCUUCCCAACCCUGACUGGAACAUUGGGCUACAGCCACACGAUCAGUCUGCUACUCGCCGCGCCACCCUAUGUUUUUAUUACCUUCUGGGCUCUUGGUCACUCCAUCCUCUCCGACCGUAUCGGCAACCGGUUUUACUUCUUCAUGUAUCCUAUCCCGGUCACGAUUGUGGGAUUCCUCAUCUUCAUGUUCACGGACAGCUUCGGCCCACGCUACUUCUCACUCUUCCUCAUGUGCUUCAUCUUCGCCAUGAACGGGACUACAUAUGCGUGGAUCGCCAAUGCUAUUCCCCGCCCACCAGCAAAGCGCGCCGCCGCGUUCGCGUUCAUCAACGCCAUCGGCAACUCGGCUUCCAUCUGGACACCAUUCGUCUAUACCAAGGGCUCUGCUCCGCAUUAUCGCCCUGCUUUGGGCAUGAACAUCGGGCUCCAGGCAGUAGCUGCUAUAUGCGGCGUGACAAUGUACAUCAUUCUCACGCGCGCCAACAAGCGGCUCGACAGACUGGAGAACGAGAACGUCGAACUGUCUGCCAAGGAGAUGGCGAAGCUCGAGAAGACGGCUCAGAUGGAGGGCACAGACAUCGCGGCCGCAAGGAAGAUGCAGAAGAGCUACCGAUACAUGGUUUGA